GUCACCGGCCCCGGAUGGGAUGUUUUACAGGAAAUAUUUCCCACUCAUCCCACAGAUAAAUAUAACGUUCUUUACCCUGACCCUGUGGAUCCUGAGAAACAGUCUCUCCUCUCUCAAUGCAGACGUGUCCACCCUCAGAGACCACAGGUUACUGACCUUUAAAGCCAUCGCCCAGCUCUUCAUUCUGGGCUGCCCAUGGAGCCUUGAUCUCCUCCAAAUCAGCCCAGCAGCCACGGUCAUGGUGUAUUUAUUCACCAUCGUCAACAGCCUGCAGGGAGCCUUCAUCUUCCUGGUGCACUGUCUCCUCAAUCGCCAGGUGAGAGAGGAGUACAGGAGAUGGAUCAAGGGAUUCCGAAUGUUCAGCACGAAAUCUCAGACAUCUGAUCUAUCCAUGUCUGCUGUCCCCACCACCAGCACCAAGACGGUGGAGUUGGCAGCAACCAGGGCCGGGUUCAAUACCUAGGGGUUCCAAUACAAAACCAAACCGGCUGGAGCCCCCUGUGAUGUUGCACUCCAUAUGCUUUAUGGAAAUAUGCUUAUGAAUAUGACAUAACUGGAAUAUACUUUACGCUAAAUAACUCUUGCAUGGUGUCUUUAGAAAGCUUAUCUGCUAAGUGUGUUCAUCCUAUUUGUUUGCAUGUGUUAUUUCUAUAUCUGGACUUAGGACAAUAAGAUAUAAACUUCUAUCACUGAUGGAAAAACAUAGUAAGUGGAGGCCAUUAAGUUGUGAAUAGCCUUAGUUACUUGAAAGCCUCCCUGUGUACAUGUGGGCCAGCCCAUGGGGAAUGGAGACUAGGGGUCUUACAGUGACUUGUGGCCA